AUUCGUGCUAUAGCAUCGAUUGUCGUUGCUAUCAUUAUCUCAAUUGGCGUAAUCAUCUCAGCGGUCAUCCUUUCUCGUGGAGAUUAUGGGGGUAUGGCGAACCAAUGUAUAACAGUUGGAGGGAGAGAUCAAGAGAAAGCGAUGGAAAGCAGUAUGGAAAAGAACAUAGUGAUGACGGAAGGAAGCGGGGAGGUUGGCAAACAGAUGAUGCGAUACAACUACGACUCUAAUACGAUUCUUGUAGAAACGGCUAAUAUCAGUGGUUCCAGUCGGGCUAACGUCGCCAUUGACUUUGACAGGGCCAUAGUAAUGAUUGAAGUACAAGAUGAAUGUUUGGCUUCAUCACUGCAUGGAGAUAUGAUGAACAUGGCAGAUAGAAUCAUUGGAUUUAUGAGAACAGAUCAAGAGGUGAUCGAUAUAGCUUCAGCACGCAUCGUAAAUCUAAACUAUGAACGAAUAGGUGUCAUCCCAGCCGGUUACGUCACUCUUUCAAAUGGACCAAUCGUACGAGGGUUAUGUGCAGGAGAUGAAUCUUAUUGGACCGAACGAACUGGAAUGACAGCUGGCCAAGGCGGGCGGAAGAAACGACAGGCUUCGUCUACAUUCUCAAUCCAAAUAUGCAUUUUCCAAUUUUGUUUCUCAUUUUCCUUUUAAUCACUAAACCAUUCCACUGAGAAUCCCGAGUGGGGAACUAAUGUCUUUAUUUCUGUUAUCAAAAUAACUUCUUCUUUAUAUUUUGAUGGAUUGUCAUUAAUGGGGCCCAGUGGCGUAAGUUCAGUCUGAGCAAUUUGUGUGUGUGUGUAUGUGGGGCGGGGGUGAUAGAAAUAUAUUGAGCUGAAAAUUAAAAAAAAAAUAAUUUGUCUGCACAAGUUCAUUAGAAUUAUUUCGACCACUUUACUUUGCUCUGUUAAAAAUGAAAUAAAUUGAAAUUGAAAUAGUUGCACCUAGUUUCAACCGGUACCGCAGGCCCGCAUUGGGUGAUUGAGGUGCUAACAUGAACCUCGGGUAUAGUCUAAUACCCUGUCACACUUCAUCUUUAUCAAAAUGUUCGCAAAUUUAAACCUGCUCGGCAAUGAAAAAAAUAUUUUUUCUUGUUCACAUGUGUGUAAGAGUGCGUCUUGUAUAAGUAUGAGACAAUAAAACUACAUUUUACUUGCGAUAUUAUCUCUAAUAGAGUUUAUAGGAUCUGGGAAAAGUCUAAGUAGAAAUCGUAAGUGUUCAAGGGUCUGUUAAAAGCAAAAUAAUUGCAUCGAAUAUUAUGAACAUGUUACGCUUGUCAUGACACUCAAUGACUAUUUUGCCGGAUUCCGCAAGGAAAACAUGUAACUUGUAAAUUAAUAUAAUACGUUCUAAUGUGGAUUAGUGAGUACACUAACAAUUGGAUGCAUUCUAAUAUUUUUGAUUACAUAUUAAAAAAAAUGUAAUGAA